ACACACAUUCAUAUCCUGAAUCCUUGUGGACAAGUAACUCGUCGAUGAGUAAAUUGCUCUACAUGAGCCACAUUCUAGAAACACUCGAAUGAAACUAGUUUCAAUUGUCAAAGAGCCAUCAAUAAAGCGGGAGAGAAAUUGGGCCUUGAGCUGAUCUUCAGUGUUGGUGAACCAAGUCUCGUUGCUAGACAUUCAAGAUGACUGGGUGACCCAGAACUAGAGUGAAUCUGUUUGUCUGCCAGUCGCCACCUUCACCAGGGCGAUGAUGUGCUUAUCAUUGUCCCGGGGAUUGGUCGUCUGGUCGUCACGAAUCCCACGUUCGAUCUUGUCUCUGAUUUUGCUCUCUGGCCUUCUGGCCUUGGCGGAAGGAGGGCACAAAUCGAUACCACCCAUUGGACGCAACUACAAAUACCGCCGUCACUUGAACGACCAGAUAAGAGGCGACCUCGACUUCCAUCGUCUGAUUAAGCCCAAGACCCAAGGUCUAUUGAAUGUGGAGGAUGACUUGGACAAAUCUUUGACCAAAACCGACCUGUUCUUGGACGAUUUCGUGCCUGAGGAGUAUACCAACUAUCUUCACGAUAACCACUAUGCAGACUCGUUUUAUCACAAAGGAGUGCAAAAGUUCCGACGACCCUCUCGGCGGUCUUUUGGACCUCGCCGUUUCACUCGAGAUGUCGAUUCCAACAUGUUCGAAAGUCAUUCCAACUCCAGAAUGGCCUUGCCACCCAAAUCCUCAUUGAACCGAACCAAUGACGACGAGGACGAAGAGGAAGAGGACGACAGCAAGGUUGAAAGGGAUAAAGGGAGCAAGGUGCCCAAGGGAAAAGUCGUGGUUGACAUCGAGUCGAACAAGAUAUUUCGUUCGGAUUCGCUCUCUUUGCCGUCCUUGCCAGAGGUAUCGAAUUCAAUAGAGAUCUCGACCACCCAACAACCUCCCAACGAGGAUGGGCCGAAAUCUUCGGCCAUGAUGAUGAACAUAUUAAACGAGAAACUCAAGAGUCUGGAACAGUCUGGCCUUGAUUUGGAUGUAUUGAGGAGGCUCAACGAGACCUUAAACUCACCUGACCAAAUUAGUGCCGAUAAACUCAUGGAUCUAGUGGUCACGGUCCUGUCGCAAGUGCCAAUCCAAGGGAACUCAGGGUCGACGUCCUCAGACGGAGACAAGAAUAAGAAUCCAACUUGUAAGAACAUCAAUCAAUACAAAAUUCUCACCAAGGACUCCAAAAGUGAAGUCGCUCGAAAACAUGCCUCGUUGAUGCGAUGCUACAUGGACGAGACAGUAGAACCGUGUGAGGAUUUCUAUAAAUACGCUUGCGGAAGAUGGCCAGAAUAUCAUCCAAUUCCCAAGGAUCGAGGGGGUUAUGACACUUUUGAGCUCCUUCGAGAAGACUUGAGCGCCAAUUUGAUCAAGCUUUUCGACUCUCCUAUCACGGAUCAAGACGAUAACUCUACCACUGCGGUCAAAACCCUCUACAAAUCGUGCAUGAACACGGAUCUCAUUCAAAGUCGGAAAGAGAAACCCUUGUUGAAAUUGCUGGACGAAUUGGGAGGAUGGCCGGUUGUAGAGGGAGACUCAUGGGACACAGACAGUUUCAACUGGAUCAAUACUUUGACGAAAUUGAGGCAGUAUAAUAAUGACAUUCUGGUGGCUAUUUGGGUGGGCCCAGACGGUCAAGACUCGGAUGAUUACAUUGUUCAAUUUGACCAAAGCGAACUGUUUCUGGGCUCUGCCGAAUACUACACCCUGGGGUUCUCACAUCCAUUCAUCGAAUCGUAUUACAACGUUUUGCAAAAAAUAGCCGUCGCACUAGGAGCCGAACCUGAAGUGGCCAAAACUGACAUGCACGACCUCAUCAACUUUGAAGCGUCUUUGGCCAAGAUAAUGAGCCCUCCCUCAGAGAGGCGAAAUUUUUCCGAAAUCUACAAGAAGGUGACCCUUGAUACUCUCCAAAGCAAAGUGCCAGAUUUUGACUUCAACUCGUAUCUGGGCGCCUUGUUGCCCCGAGAAUUGAAUGGCACCGAGGAAGUGGUUGUCUACGCAAUUCCAUAUUUUCAAAAGCUCACCAAGCUGGUCAAGGAAACGGAAAAAAGGGUGAUUGCAAACUAUGUGUUAUGGCGAUUCAUUCGGCACCGUGUCAACAACUUGGAUGACCGCUUUCAAGGCCUUCAGCAAGACUUCUUCAGGCUUUUAUUUGGCCGCGAAGAGACUCCUCCUCGAUGGAAGUAUUGCGUUUCGUAUGUGAAUGGAAACCUUGGCAAUGCUGUUGGGUCCAUGUUUGUGCAGAAACAUUUUGACGAGCAGAGCAAAAAAGAUAUGGAGGCGUUAACCGAUAGUGUUCAAAGUGUAUUCCGGGAAUUGGUCUUGAAAGGGGAUUGGUUAACAAACAAGACCAAGAAGUUGGCCGAGGAAAAGAUCCAAGCCAUCAUACACAACAUCGGAUAUCCUGAUUUUAUCAUCAACGAAGAGGAGCUUCAAAAACGAGAGACUGAUGGGUUGGAGUAUAAAGAAGAGACUUUUUUCGAGAAUGUGCUGACAAAUCUGAAAACCAGAACCAUUCGAGAGUUGAGUCAGUUGGAUGAUGGGGUAAAUCGAACACUAUGGACCACUACUCCUGCUGUUGUAAAUGCGUACUACUCCAGGAAUCGCAAUCAAAUCAUGUUUCCUGCCGGUAUAUUACAACCCCCAUUCUACCACAAGCACUUUCCCAAGGCAUUGAAUUUCGGAGGUAUUGGUGUUGUCAUUGGACACGAGAUCACGCAUGGAUUUGAUGACAAAGGCCGGCAAUUCGAUCGCUCAGGCAACAUCAAGCAAUGGUGGGACCACGAGUCGUCCCAGAAUUUCCAGACCCGCAAGCAGUGCAUGAUUGACCAAUACAGUUCAUUCCAAGUGGAUUCCGUCGACAUGAAACUGAACGGAGGCAACACUCAAGGGGAGAACAUCGCUGAUAAUGGAGGCAUCAUGCAAUCCUAUAUCGCAUACCGUCGGUGGCUGGAAGAGAACAACAUUAUCGAAGAACACCUUCCGGGAUUGGAACAUCUGACAGGGGAUCAACUAUUCUUCCUGAAUUUUGCCCAAGUCUGGUGUGGCAGCACUCGUCCUGAGGCUCUUCGAAGCAAGUUAAAUACCGCCGUUCACGCUCCAGGCCCAUACAGAGUCUUGGGCACUGUUUCCAACUCCAGAGAAUUCUCCCGUGCUUUCAAUUGUCCUAAAGACAGUCCCAUGAAUCCCACCAACAAAUGUAAAGUGUGGUGACCUUGACGAAAAACCCUUGUUGUACUUCUGAUGUUAUUUCAUAGACUUGAUAUAGUAUUGUAUCUUAUCAUCUUAUGUAUCUAUUUAUCCAAGAUAUAGAAUGUCGUGUCGAACUGUAACUGUCAAAAUCAUC